AUGUCCUCACCUGCUAAAACACCUAUUAUUUCUGAAUCUGCGGCUACCCCUUCGGUGGAAGAGGAGACCAAGCCCCAACAACCCGUUUUGUCGCCGGCGCCAGUGCCCACGACUUCGCCUUGGAAAUCUUUGGGCGCUGUGGGCUCAGCUCCAGCGUCAGGUAAAUGGCCGUCGGCUCAAGAAGCUGUCGGGCAGUUGGAGAGACGGGAAAAGACUAGCAUGCAAGGGCCGGCGAUAAAAUCGACCGGCAAGGAAAAAUGGGUUCCCAUGAAGGCCUCGAUUGUGGUUUCAGGUCCCAAGCGAUUUGGAAACAACGGAAACAGCAAUAGUGGUAGCAGCAAUGGCAGCGGAAGCUCUGGGCCCAGGAAACCACAGUCCGGCAAGAAGACCCGCAGAGGCAAUGCUUCACAAAUCAACAGCAGUGGCGGUUCUGCCACUUCCAGGCCCAAGAAAGUGGGUACCAGUGAAAAGCCGGAAACCGCGGACAAAGACAUUUCUACUGAGGACGUAGCGGGCGGAAAGAUCACCCCAGCCGUGGCUGCGGACAACACCGAUUCCGGUUCUGAAGCGGCUGGGUCUCAUUCGGGCUCUGGUGCGGCCGCGGACGAGACGACCCCUGGCCAAAACGCCACUGAGCCAUCGCGAUCCAACAAUGAAGGUGAAACCACCAAGGAGGCUUUCCAGUCUCAACCACAUCAGCCUAAGAGCGGGUUCCACAGAAGACCUCAUCCACACGGCCAAAGUAACGGCCUUCCUAGAAGAAGGUUUCACCAGGGGAAUCAAACAGACGGCCACGGCUCUUUCAGGCCGUCGCAGUCACAUCCACAUUAUCCAUCCAGGCACUCAUAUGGUCCAUUUCGCCAACAUCCUUCCAAUCGCGCUCAUAACCUUGGUUACCGUCCCAAAUUCAAUCACAGAAAUGCUCCCAAUGACAUGUAUCUUUCGCAACCACCACACCCAUUUGUCGCUGUUAACAACAUUGCCAGGCAAAUUGAAUACUAUUUCAGUGCUGAAAAUUUAGCGAAAGACGAUUACCUACGCUCUCAAUUCGACCAGCAAGGAUUUGCAUCCCUCGCUCUCAUCGCCAAGUUUUACCGUAUUGUCAACAUGUCCUUCGGCGGCGACCAGACCUUAAUCUUGGGUGCUUUGAGAGAAAUUGUUGCCAACGAGCAUGCAACCGUGAACGUCGCCCAGCGUGGUGAACAGGACUUAUCUGAAAACAAGCUCGACAAUUAUUUAGUGCGGUCUAAAAGCUGGCAGCAGUGGGUUUCGCAAGAAGGAAAAGCAGAAGAAGGUGAGCAAGAAGAGCCUUGCGCAACUUCCAAUCAAAGGAUUUUGGUCGAGAGCGACUUGGAUUGUUUCCGUAUCGAACCACCGGUAUUUGACCCUACUCCAGCUGUACCUGAGUCCCAGCAUAAUGAACCCUAUCAUGCCGAACCGGAAGUACAAGGAAAUGUUGAAACCAACUAA